AUGGUAAUGACACACUUUCAUGUAUCGCGUCUUUCAAUAAGACGUCAUAAUGCAGCUCAAUUGACUGUCAAAUAUAAAGCUUUAAAGAUUGUUGAACAAAUUAAUAAUUACCUUUACUGGCAAAAUAACAAUCAGUGUAAAAUAAUCAUUGACUUACCUUUGAGUAACAGUAAUAAUAUGCAGUCUGGGAAGGUCACAAUGUGCAAUAAAUCAAAUCGAAAUCUAUAA